AAAAAUCCACAAAGCUCUUUUCCCCCCUUCUUUUCUACACUCUGUAACUAGUUACCGACUUCAGCCUUAUAUUUUCCACUUUGUGUUGCGCCGGAAAUGGGAUCUCGCAGAAUCAAGAGCGGAUUAACGGCGGUGGUAGUGUUAAUCCUCGUAGUUCUUGCGUCACAAGAUUCAGCAUCAGCUAGGAUACUCUGUGGUUCUGUUUCAAGUAGCAGUGUGGCGGCGCAAGGGAUCAACGGCGAUGCGACCAUGUCGUCAUCUCCCGGCACCGGGGAAGGAGAGCACGUCGUAUUGGGGACGGGGAGGAAGGAGAAGUACUACUACUACUACGAGUCGUCGCUGUUGCUUAAUGUUCUGCCUAAGGGUAGUCGGGGGCCAUCGGGACCCAGCAGACGGACCAACGACCUCCUUCAUUAAUUAAUUCACUGUACUGAAAACUGAAUUUGUAGAAUGCAAGCAACUGUUGCACACAAAGCCACGAAAUGGUUGAUUAGGUAAUUCUUUUGUUCUUUUACUAUGUACACUGUAGCAAGCAUUCGUUUGUACCAAUUCCUGGAUUAGUUUGCAAGCUAAUCCUGCAGAGAGCAAUUUUAAUAGUUCAAACAAAAGUAAGUAUAACUAAUUCCUGAUUUGUUUAUCGCAUUGGGAAGUUGUGCUUGUCCGUUGGUUUGAUUGAUCAGUUUUGCCUAUCAUAUUCAACCACCAAUAUUCGAUUGCCCCAUUACACACCGGAAACAAAUAGUCAAAUAGUCCAAUUACCCGGUGAUAAAUAGUGCUAAACAGUAAAGGAGAGACAAGAUUUAACGUGGUUCUUCCUCACAGUGUAUGAGGCUUACAUCCACAGAAUGAUACUGAUAGACCGUUAGUUACACAUGUUUUCACCCCUGUUCUUACAUCGUUUGAGAGGUGGUUUCUCGUGUUUUAGACCGAUUUCACGCUAGGUUGUGCUUGUUUGUGAUAUUUCAGGUCUUGGCAAGUGAAUGAAGGUUUAGGAGCGAGUUCGGGGUCGAUUGGGCGAAGUUCGGGCGCGAGGCAAGUCGCAAAGGAGGUCACACGUGUGAAGGAAUGGCUUGGCCGUGCGAGUUUCGCCGAGAGCAGACACGGGCAGAGCAGAGGAUCGACACGGCCGUGCAAGUGGCCGGGUUGGCCAUGCCACAUUCUGCGAGAGCAAACACGGGUAAGAGGGGAUGUCCACACGGCCGUGCCAUUCUGGCCGUGCAAAGAGCCUGGAAUUCGAACUAAAUGAAACGAUGCGUUUUGA